GGUGCUGCCAUCGGUCCUUCCUUCUCUCCAUCUCUGAGGUGCUAACGCAGGAGAGAACUUGAGCCCUUCCUUCUCACCUGGCUCCAUAGAGGCACAGCGCCAGACAGCUUGAAUGCUCCCACGAUGGAGGGGAAAGCUGAGCUAGAGAGAGUAGAUGUCAGGCUGCAGCCUCCCAUCCUCAUCCAGAGACAAGCUCCAUCCCAGAAAAGUCUGCUAGAGACUGCAAAGGCCAAACUGAAGAAGAACUGCUCUCUGAGCCCUGGCAGGCUGAAGGAUGCCCUGCUGGCCUUCUUCCCGGUUAUAGGCUGGCUUCCCAAGUACCGCUUCAGAGACUACCUGGUGGGCGACAUCAUGUCUGGCCUCGUCAUUGGGGUCAUCCUGGUCCCUCAGGCGAUCGCCUACUCCCUGCUGGCGGGGCUCAAGCCCAUCUACAGCCUCUACACGUCCUUCUUUGCCAACAUCAUCUACUUCCUGAUGGGCACCUCCCGCCACGUGUCCGUGGGCAUCUUCAGCCUGCUCUGCCUCAUGGUGGGGCAAGUGGUAGACAGAGAAUUACAGCUGGCAGGGUUUGACCUGAAUGAAGACAGCUCCCCGGGCAGCAGGAACAGCAGCAAUGAGACCUUCCUGGCUUCUGACCUGCUGCAGGAGGGCCUGGGUCCAGAAUGUGGGAAGGACUGUUACGCCAUUAGCAUCGCCACGGCCUUGACCUUCCUGGCAGGGGUCUAUCAGGUCCUCAUGGGACUUUUCCAGCUUGGAUUUGUCUCCACGUACCUCUCACAGCCUCUGCUGGACGGCUUUGCCACGGGGGCUUCCUUAACAAUCCUAACCUCCCAAGUCAAAUACCUCUUCGGAAUAAAGAUCCCUCGUCACCAGGGAUACGGCAUGUUCCUCGCCACGUGGGUGAGCAUCAUUCGAAACCUCAGCCAGGCCAACCUCUGCGACGUCCUCACCAGCGCCAUCUGCCUCACGGUGCUGGUGGCGGCCAAGGAGCUGGCGGACCGGUACAAGAAAAGGCUCAAGAUCCCUCUGCCCACGGAGCUCGUGGUCAUCGUGGCCGCCACCUUGGUGUCUCACUUUGGGAAUCUCCACGAGCGCUACGGGUCCAGCAUCUCCGGGGACAUUCCCACGGGCUUCAUCCCGCCCAGGGCCCCCGCCUUCGGCCUCAUGCACCGAGUAGCCCUGGAUGCUGUUCCCAUAGCGAUCAUCGGCUUCGCCUUCACCGUCUCCCUCUCGGAGAUGUUUGCCAAGAACUACGGUUACACCGUCAGGGCCAACCAAGAGAUGUUCGCGGUGGGCUUCUGCAACAUCAUCCCGUCUUUCUUCCACUCCUUCACCACCAGCGCAGCCUUGGCUAAAAGCCUGGUCAAGACGUCCACGGGGUGCCACACUCAGGUGUCCGGCGUGGUCAGUGCCGCCGUGGUGCUGUUGGUGCUCCUGUUCCUGGCUCCGCUGUUCUACUCCUUACAGAAAUCCGUCCUGGCCUGUAUCAUCAUCGUCAGCUUGAAGGGGGCUCUGUGGAAGUUCAGAGACGUGCCCAAGCAGUACCGCCUGAACAGAACAGAUGCCCUGGUGUGGGCUGUCACCAUGGCCUCUUGUGCCCUCAUCAGCACUGAAAUCGGACUCCUGGUGGGGGUCCUCUUCUCCAUGCUCUGUGUCGUGGGCCGCACGCAGCAUCCUCGGGUGGCUCUGCUCGGCCAAAUCGAGGACACCGUCUUUUACGAGGACAGCAGGCGAUACGAGAACCUCCUCCCUGUCCCCAAGAUCAAGAUAUUCCGGUUUGAGGCCCCCCUCUAUUAUGCAAACAAAGACUUCUUCCUAAAAUCCCUCUACAAGAUGGCAGACCUAGACCCCGCGUUAGAAGCGGCAAAGAGGAAAAAGUGUGAGAAGGGAGAGCCCGCCACGGACGGGAGGCUGGCGGAAAAGGGAGCUGUUGGAGAAUUGGGCCAAGCUGAUACCACCUGUCACCUGGUCCCUAAACAAAGCGAAUUUCACACCAUCAUCAUUGACUGCUCCUCGGUGCUAUUCCUGGACACUGCUGGCAUCAGCACCCUCAGAAAUGUCCGGAGAGAUUACAGGGCUGUGAACAUUUCCGUCCUCCUUGCUGGCUGUAACCCGUCCGUGACGGACUCUCUGAAGAGGGGGGGCUACUUUGACCACAACGAGGCGGGCAUGAAGGAAUUACUGUUCUACAGCGUGCAUGGGGCAGUCCAGUUUGUCCGGGCCAGAGAACAAGUGAUGGACUCCACUCUCUAGGGCUCCAGCCUUCCUGAAAGCCCCGUCGAGCCCAACAGCCCGGAGCCAGCAGGGGAACAUUCCAUCACAGAGCCUUGGGAGGCGGAAAGGGCAAAGGAAGCCUGGGAAUUCCAGCCUUGUAAGCAAACACUGCCAAGAGUUCAAAUCCCAGCUCUGCUGCUCACUAGCUGGGCAGCCUUGGGUUUCCUCAGUUUCCUUCUAUGAAAAAUGAAGGGUUGAACUAGGUUUCUAAGGUCCUCUCUAGCUCUCAAUCUUUUGAUCCUAGAAAGUUUACUUUUUGAAAGAAAAAAGAAAUUCUAACCAUUACUGGACAUCUGCUUUUUUAUUAUCUGGAAAGACAAGAAUGGCCUGAAGUCUGUCAGCCUGGGGCUUCCCCUCCUGGGUUGGAGACACAGAGGAAUAGGAAGGGCUAAAGUCUGAACAACUGUCACUGCGUCUGCAGAAAGACACCACACCCAAGUGCAUUUCAGAGUUAUGCCAGGCGUCCACAUGCCCACACGUGGCACCAUCUGUCCCGGGCAGGGCUCCGAAUACACCAGGUGCUUAAUAAAUGUGUGAAGGAA